AUGUCGUCUACGGUAUCGCUUGCACCUGUGGACUUAGUCAAGCGAUUUGCAGAUCUAAAAUUCCAGGAACAUCUAGUGAAAGCCUCAUACGAAGCAAACAAGAUUUCAGUUCCGCAAUCUGAUGGUGCGAGAGAGUGGCUUACCAACAGUACCGUCACCUAUCACACAUCCAACACAUUUCCAAAUUCAGAGCAUUUCCGACCUCGUUCAUCUUGUGAACCUGAACAACAAACAGCGUUCGAUUUCUUAUCUCAUGAACUUGUUUCUGGCAGUCCGACACUGGAAAGGUGCUCCAUACCGACAAGGGACGAACGAGUGGUUAAACUGGAAAGUCCCCAAGUCACGGAUGCUUAUCAGUCUGCUGCGGUUCAGCAAAGAGACACACUUCCAGCACAUACCGACGUCCAACACGAUAUGUGGAGUCAUGAUCACAAGAGCAAUGCCUCUGGCAGUGACUGCAGUCUAUCGGAUCUGAAGUCCAAUGACACUUUUUUGGCGUUGUCGAAACUCUACAAAGAAAUCCUACGUUUGCUUGGUGAAGACCCGGAGAGAGACGGAUUGGUACGAACACCAGAAAGGGCAGCAAGGGCAAUGCUAUACUUUACCAAAGGAUAUACAGAAAAUAUCGACCAUAUUCUAAACGAUGCGAUUUUUGAAGAAGGGCAUAACGAGUUAAUUGUGGUGAAGGAUAUUGAAAUGUUCUCAAUGUGCGAACACCACCUCGUCCCUUUCACAGGUCAUGUGACAAUUGGCUAUCUACCGAAAAGCAAGGUCAUUGGAUUGAGUAAACUAGCCCGAAUCGUUGAGCUGUUCUCCCGGCGAAUUCAAAUACAAGAACGCUUGACAAGAGAAAUUGCGGAAGCCGUGCAGAAGGUUGUGGAUCCAGCCGGUGUUGCUGUGCUAGUCAGAGCUAAACACAUGUGUAUGGUUAUGAGAGGGGUGCAAAAAUUAAACGCCGUCACACAAACACAGAGUAUGCUCGGAGAGUUCAAAACGAACGAACAACUGCGACGUGACUUUCUUCACCAUGCAUGCUAG